ACUGGGCUGCACCGUGUCCAGGCUCCAUCUCCACACUGGGUGGCUUGGCUCCCUGGCCAAGUCGAGCUUAUUCGAAGGUCACAGCUGCUGUUGAUCAGCCAGAACUUAACAAGAAGUCAGAUCUCUACUCGGACCGCAAAUGGCAGAGCUCGUUUGUGCUUUGGUCUCCAGAAAAACACUGCCUGAGCAGCGCUGGGUGUGUGUUUGUAAAUUCCGAUUCUGCAGGCUCCGGCUAAUCUCGUUGUUUUGUCCAGCCUGCACGAUAAAAAGCCUUCUCCCGGCUGCAAGUCUGACCAUGGAGGGAAGAAGCUGCUUGCAUGCCCCUUGUGUGAAGGUGUACGGACGCGUGCAUGGGUCCAGAGGUGUCUGCGGGGCUCUGCAGAAACAUAUGAAGAGGGGCUCCUUGAUGAGAGCAAAAACAAGUUCAGUUGGAGCUAGUAAUGCAGAUUUUCCCUCUGAGGAUCCCGGAAUGUACCAGUUGGACAUUACUUUAAGAAGAGGACAGAAUUUAGCAGCAAGGGAUCGUGGAGGAACCAGUGAUCCAUACGUCAAGUUCAAACUUGGAGGAAAAGAAGUAUUUAGAAGUAAAACAAUACACAAGAACCUCAAUCCUGUAUGGGAAGAAAAAACUUCCAUUCUUAUAGAUAAUCCAAGAGAACCUAUAUAUGUAAAGGUGUUCGACUAUGACUUUGGACUUCAAGAUGACUUCAUUGGAUCAGCAUUUUUGGAUCUCACUUCAUUAGAAUUAAACAGGCAAACAGAUGUUACUUUGAGUCUGAAGGAUCCUCAUUACCCAGACCAUGAUCUGGGAAGUAUAUUGUUAUCAGUUCUGUUGGCUCCUAGAGAAGAACAGCGAGAAGCGACAAUGCUAAUGAGGAAGAGUUGGAAAAGAUCAAGUAAGUUUCAGACACAGAGCUUACGCCUCUCAGACCUGCACAGAAAAUCUCAGCUAUGGAGAGGGAUAGUUAGCGUUACCUUGAUAGAAGGUCAUGAACUUAAGGCGAUGGAUGCAAACGGGCUAAGUGAUCCUUAUGUGAAGUUCCGUCUGGGGCAUCAGAAGUACAAGAGCAAGAUUGUGCCAAAAACUUUGAAUCCUCAGUGGAGGGAACAGUUUGACUUUCAUCUCUAUGAAGAACGAGGUGGAAUUAUUGAUAUUACCGUGUGGGACAAAGAUGCUGGCAAAAAGGAUGAUUUUAUUGGCAGGUGCCAGGUCGACCUGUCAACCCUAAGUAAAGAGCAAACUCACAAGCUGGAGAUGCCGCUGGAGGAAGGAGAGGGAUACCUGGUGUUGCUGGUCACUCUGACAGCCUCAGCUGCAGUCACUAUCUCUGACCUCUCUGUCAACUCCCUGGAGGACCCGAAGGAGCGGGAGGAAAUACUGAAGAGAUAUAGUCCAAUGAGGAUGUUCCAUAACAUGAAGGACGUGGGAUUUCUUCAGGUGAAGGUCAUCCGAGCAGAAGCAUUGAUGGCAGCUGAUGUUACAGGUAAAAGUGACCCAUUUUGUGUAGUUGAACUGAAUAAUGACAGACUGCUGACACAUACCGUCUACAAGAACCUCAAUCCAGAGUGGAACAAAAUCUUCACAUUCAAUAUUAAAGACAUCCACUCGGUGCUUGAAGUGACAGUUUAUGAUGAGGACCGCGAUCGGAGUGCUGACUUUCUAGGCAAAGUUGCGAUACCACUGCUGUCUAUUCAAAAUGGUGAACAGAAAGCCUACGUCUUGAAAAACAAGCAGCUGACAGGGCCAACAAAGGGGGUCAUCUAUCUUGAAAUAGAUGUGAUUUUUAAUGCUGUGAAAGCCAGCAUACGAACCUUAAUGCCCAAAGAACAGAAGUACAUUGAAGAGGAAAACAGACUGUCUAAACAGCUGCUGUUGAGAAACUUCAUCCGCAUGAAACGUUGUGUCAUGGUGCUCAUAAAUGCCGCCUACUACAUUAACAGUUGCUUUGACUGGGAUUCACCCCCAAGAAGUCUUGCUGCUUUUUUGCUUUUUCUUUUUGUGGUCUGGAACUUUGAGCUCUACAUGAUACCACUGGCUUUGUUGUUGCUGUUGGCAUGGAACUACUUCUUGAUCAUAUCGGGGAAAGAUAACAGGCAACAUGAUACAGUAGUGGAGGACAUGCUAGAGGACGAGGAAGAAGAGGAUGACAGAGAUGACAAGCAGAUGUUUGUGGACAUACAGCUCCUAACUGACAGAGACUUCAGAUGUCUAGAGACUUUGCUACGGGCUUUUUGCUACCAGGACAGUGAAAAAAAGGGAUUUAUGAAUAAACUGUAUGCCAUCCAGGAGGUGUGUGUUAGUGUCCAGAACGUCCUUGAUGAAGUGGCUUCCUUUGGAGAAAGGGUAAAGAACACAUUCAACUGGACUGUUCCAUUCUUGAGCUGGCUGGCAAUAGUUGCCUUCUGUGUGUUCACAAUCAUCCUGUAUUUCAUUCCACUGAGAUACAUUGUCCUUGUCUGGGGCAUCAAUAAAUUUACGAAGAAGCUUCGAAGUCCAUAUGCAAUUGAUAACAACGAGCUGCUUGACUUCCUGUCCAGAGUUCCUUCAGAUGUGCAAGUGGUGCAAUAUCAUGAACUGAAACAAGAUCCCAGUCACAGCCCAAGCAAGAGGAAGAAAAACAAUCCUGGCUAGACAGCUUCAUGUAUCGAAGAAACUAGCAUCUGCUGGGGGAAGAUAAAAGGAGAAGCCUACACCCUAAGCAGCAUUUCCUUUCUCUAAGCUUUUUAUUUAUUUUGCCUUUUUAUCUAAUGGGGAGAAUUUGUAAAUACUGUAUAAAGGCGUUUCUCACUGAAUAUAUACUUAGCACUGUAAAGACACAUUUGAUGAAGGUUUCGAGUAGGGCUUUUGCUGAUUGAAAGGCUUGUUAGAAAUAGUGUAACACGUUAAAGAAAUCAAAGUAGAAUGGUAAAUACGCACUGCUACUCAAUGGUCAGAGAUAUCUCAAAUAUUCAAAUCAUGACGAUUAAAUCUACAAAAGGUGUAAAUUUAAAUCUGACUCAAAAAUUCUAUAAAAUUUUGUUUGUGAACCUUAAUAUUUUUAUCCAGUAAGUCACCAUUACAAUUUUCUAUGUUUUAUACAUCUCAGCAGAAAUACAAUGUAGUGAAACCUACUGCACUUAAGUUUUAGCAAAUUUUUUGAACUCUAGACUGUGGUGUUAACUCCUGGUGCAACGUAUUCCUGUGCAGUAGGGCUGCUUGUAAGUUAAAGAGAAACACCAAAUGCAGAUGUCUUUCUGGAGCUCCCAAAAGAACUUCCUGCCAUUUUUAUCAUUCCAUUAUAAGACCUAAAAAUCUCUGUCUCUCUCAAAAUACUGCCAGGUUUGUAAUUGAUUGCCUAUCUGAUUUUUUUAUAUGUACCAGUGAUCUUCAUUUGUACUACAUAGUUUAGUGAAUUAGGUCCAUAGUUCUGCUGUAAUGGAAAUACUAUCAAACGAACUCCAUAUCGCUUUGGGUGUCAUGCUAUGAACGCCUUUUGUGCACAUAACUAUUUUAAUCGAGAAAUCUUGCAGAAAAUGUUUUUGCUUUCAAAUCACAAGGUCAUACUUAUAUGCUUUAUAAUAUAACACAUUACCUGUUACCAAUGUGAAAUGUAGUGUAGAGGAAAAAAUGCAGUUGUGGUUAAACUGAUAUACCAGUUUUAUUUCCUUAGCUAAUAAUGUAGUCAGUUCUUCUGAUAACAACUGUGCCCUACUGCAUGGAAACUGCAUUAUUUUAUAAAUUGAACAAAACUUAGAGUAGGAAGGUUUACAUUUCAGAGGUUUUAGUGGCCACUUCAUAACGAGUGCUUGGGGAUAUAUUCUGAUACCUGCUUGUAGACUUUCACGCUCAGGUCCCCACGUAAUGAGCAGAGAAUUCAUUCCUAGGGGACUACCUGUGCACAGCUCUUAGCCGUAGCUCCCAGUGACUUUAAAGGGGAUUUUUGCCCAGGUGAGAGCUGCAGAACUCCAUCCUCGAGAGGAGUUCUUCCUGUUGUUCUCUGUGGGUUACCUCUCAUUGGUUGCAAUUGCUGAUAAAGUUAUAUUGCACUACUCUAACAAUACUUUUUGAAAAGACUAUUUAGAAAUACUUUGCAAGCAAAUGUAUAUAUAUUUCUCUAAAGAAUUCUACGUUAGCUGCAUUGCUCAUGAAAGAUCAUUCUGACCUUGUUUAUUUUACAGAAAUGUUGAUGGCCAGUUUCUGAUAUAAUAAUUAUUUUGAUCUUGUAAUUUGUAUGUUUGAAAGAAUGCCACUUAAGUAACUGUUCUGUAGAAAGUCUUAGGCUUUGCUCUUGUUACAUCAUGAUUUUUAAUGAAUUAUUUUGCGAAGCUUACUUAACCACCUUUUCGUUAUAUGUUGCCCAAAGAGCAGCAUACUAUUGAUGAAGAAAGAUUCACUGAUGAGCCUUUUUUGUUAAAAAACUAAACAAAGAAGCAAAAAAAAAUUUCUACUUGACAAAGUGAGAAUAUUUGUUGCCAGUUGUCACUUCUGCAAAGUUCUUUGAUACAUUGCAAGCCUUGUAUUUUCUUAAUAUUACCCUUCAUUCUGUGUGCAAUCUCCUAUUGUGUUUUUUUGUUUUGUUUUUUUGUUUAGUUUACUCUGUACUCAAUUUCAAGUGUCCUCUUUGGUGGUAAUGUCUUGACUUAUACACAAUUACUGCAUUAAACACAGUUUUAAGCAUCUCUGUA